GAAGGGCGUGCGUAAACAGAUUAAAUAAAUAAAUAAAAAAAUGGAAGAAGAUGAGAGUGAAGAAAUCAUUGUACAACAAGGUGCUGUUGCGGCCAAAGUAUCAUCCACUCAAGUGCAACAAAUACGUGUACAAUCCUCAUCGAUACGCUCAACAUUUAAAUCCAAUUCAAAGCAACUUUUAGGACAACAAUCUACACAAAGUAGUAUUGUGGAGGAAGAUGGUAACGGUUAUGGACCACCGCAAAUUGUGACGCAUGAACCAUCAGGGGAUAGUGAUAGUGGCAGCGAGGGUACUCCAGAGAAUAGUAAAGUAAAAGCAUCCGGAACUCAAACAAGAUCAGUGUCUCAACAUCAUCAACGGAGCGUUGCUACAAAACAUCGAUUUCAAAUAAUUAGUAAAUCAGCUCAAAAUUCAAGUAGUUCACAAGAGGAUUAUGAAACUGAUAUUAAAUAUUUAUCAGCCAGUGGCAAAGCAACGCAACAAGUUGUUGUUAAUAGUAAUCAAUAUUUGACGGCAGGUCGUGUUGAAACAGCCAAAUCAAUGGAAAGUUUGCGUACCACAUCGACUUCAACGCAUAAUCGUGGCUCGUUUUUGACAUCUAGUGAACGUGAUAUGCGCCGUAUUACAUCGGGAAGCGUUGAAGGUAAAUCUCUAGAAAGUUUAGAACGUGAGACAAGAAUGAAAAGACGUGCCAUCUCUGGAGAGGAUGUUGGAUUAGGUAUAUCGUGUGACGAGUCUAUAAGUGCUGAAAAACGACGUGGUUUGUUUGCUGGUCUAGAUAGAAGAAAUGUUGUGCCACAACAUUUAUCACUACCACCACCAGGAGGUUAUACUUCGCUGUCACCGGGUGAUCGCCGUUUAACAAUUUUAUCACCACAUAGUCCACAUCAUACACCAGAUUUAUUGCAGUUUUCGCAAACAUCAUAUACAACAUUGAAGACUCGCCGAAAGAAGGCAAUAGUCCUACCCAGGUUGGUGCUUCCACGCAGUGAUUCAGAAGUUAGCAGUGAUGUUUUUCUUGAUCAUGAUUCAUCUUUUGAUGUUGAAAAUGGAGCAAGUCCGUCAAGAUCACCCUUGGAUGUGGGCGGAGUUGGAGGUGGUGCUGCAUCACCAUCCGGUGGCGGGCUUGUGUUACAAAAUUUGCCACAACGUCGUGAAUCAUUUUUGUAUCGAAGCGAUAGUGAUUUCGAAAUGUCACCAAAGAGUAUGUCAAGAAAUUCGUCAAUUGCCAGCGAAAGAUUCAAGGAAACUGAGAGUGUUUUGGACAGAUCUCAUGGCGAAGAUCUUAUUGUUACACCUUUUGCACAAAUUUUGGCGAGUUUACGAAGCAUUCGUACAAAUUUCCUUAAUCUUACCAAUGUGCCCACAAAUAAAUCACGGCGGUCCUCGGGUGCAGCUGCUGUUCCCGGCCAACCCGUUAAGAAUCUCAAUCCUAAUGAUGAAGCAUACAUGAAAUUGGCAUUAGAAACCAUGGAAGAAUUAGAUUGGUGUUUGGAUCAACUGGAAACAAUUCAAACACAUCGUUCUGUUUCUGACAUGGCCUCUUUGAAGUUCAAGCGAAUGUUGAAUAAAGAAUUAUCACACUUCUCGGAAUCAAGCAAAUCUGGAAAUCAAAUAUCCGAAUAUAUUUGUUCGACAUUUUUAGAUAAACAACAAGAGUUGGAUAUACCAUCAUUACGAAUAGAUGAUGCCUCUGAUGCAAGAGUGACUACUAAGAAAAAAGAACGUACCCCUCGUCAUGGAACAAUGUCACAAAUUCAUGGUGUUAAUCGACGUCCAUUGUGCCAUACAAAUUCUUUCACAGGAGAGAAAUUACCUCUUUAUGGCGUUGAAACACCGUUUGAAGAAGAUUUAGGAAAAGUGUUAACGAACAUUGAUAAAUGGGGUGUCGAUAUAUUUAGAAUAGGCGAUCUUUCAAACCAUAAACCAUUAACAUGUGUAGCCUAUACAGCAUUUCAAAGUCGUGAUUUAUUGAAAUCAUUAAUGAUACCACCAAAAACAUUUUUAACAUUUAUGAUGACACUGGAAGAUCAUUAUGUUAAAGAUAAUCCGUUCCACAAUAGUACCCACGCAGCGGAUGUUACACAAAGUACUCAUGUCUUAUUAAAUACCCCAGCAUUGGAAUCUGUUUUUACACCAUUGGAAAUAACUGCAGCCUUAUUCGCUGCAACAGUACACGACGUUGAUCAUCCUGGUCUCACCAAUCAAUUUCUCAUCAAUUCAAGCUCAGAACUAGCUUUGAUGUAUAAUGACGAAAGUGUGUUGGAAAAUCACCACUUAGCAGUAGCAUUUAAACUGCUGCAGAAUGAAGGCUGUGACAUCUUUUGUAACAUGGGAAAGAAACAAAGGCAAACACUUAGGAAAAUGGUUAUAGAUAUGGUCUUAUCAACGGAUAUGUCAAAACAUAUGAGUUUAUUAGCUGAUUUAAAAACUAUGGUUGAAACCAAGAAAGUGGCUGGUUCGGGUGUUUUAUUAUUAGAUAAUUAUACGGAUCGAAUACAGGUUUUAGAAAAUUUAGUUCAUUGUGCUGACUUAAGUAAUCCAACCAAACCAUUGGCAUUGUACAGAAGAUGGGUUGACUUAUUAAUGGAAGAAUUCUUUUUGCAAGGUGAUAAAGAGAGAGAGCAAAAUAUGGAUAUUAGCCCAAUGUGUGAUAGACUUUCAGCCACAAUCGAAAAAUCGCAGGUUGGUUUUAUUGAUUAUAUUGUUCAUCCACUGUGGGAAACAUGGGCUGACUUGGUUCAUCCAGAUGCGCAAGAUAUCUUAGAUACGUUAGAAGAAAAUCGAGAUUGGUAUCAAUCAAUGAUUCCACCUAGUCCUCCAUCAGAAUCUAAUACCGGCAGUGCAGGCACUCCUGUUCAACAAGAACAAGGAGAGGAAGAUGAACGACGCCCGGAUAAGAUACGUUUUCAAGUAACUUUAGAAGAAGGUGAAACGGAAGAGGGUGACACAGAAGGAAGUGAUGAUGGGGCAGCAGGGAUGUGACGGAGACUAAUAGGCCUUUGUAGAAAAUUACAUGCCAAAGUACAACUUUGGUGGCGUAUACGUCAAUGAUUAGAAAAUAUACGCGCACGCGCAUCACUACUAUUAUUGUACUAUUGCGAUUGCUCAUCAGUGUCGUCACAGUCAUAUUUCGAGAUAUCUUUUCUACUCUUUGGAGCAUAUAAAAGAUUAAUAAUCCUACUAUUCUGUAUUAUAAAUUUGUGAUCUAAUUUAAAUAUUGAUUUAAAAAAAAAAAAAAUUUGGAAUAGACUGAAUUAUAAACAAAUUUAAACUUAUAAAAUCAAUCGGCAGGCAUAUCUCUAACGAGGAUUAAAUUCAAAAUCGAAAAAUUUCUAAAAAUAAGUUUUGGUCGUCUGUAUUCGAGAUGCUUUAAAUGUGUGUUGAUUGUACAAAAAAAGUAUUGAGCAAAAUUUAAAAAAAAAAAAAAAAAAUUAAUACGCAUUUGUGCAUGCUCCAUUGCCUUAAGUCUAAAUACUAAAAAA